CUUAUUCUCGUUCAUGUGUUGUGAAAUGGUAAACACAAGAUCCAGUGGCGCCAAAGUAACAUUUUCUUCGCAAGAGACAAAGUCGCACCCAAGAGAAACUCCUAAGAGAAAGAAGCUUACAAGUAGUAUUGAACCCGUGGAAUGGGUUCCCACUGUGCUUGAGCACGUACAACUCUACACACAAGGGUUACAAGAGAAUUCUCACGUCAUUCUCUUGCUACCUCAAGAAAUCGAAGUGAGCCUUUCUCUCUGGGAAAGUUUUGAACUUGGCGAAGUUUCCAAUACGCCAUCCGCAGAAAGUGACUCGUCAAAACUUUACUUGUGCUACGCUGGUGGAGAAGUAUGGGCUUGGGAUACCUUGAAAGUUGAGUCUAAAUGGUAUUUGGCUUUAAGUGCAUACAGAAAGGACAGCUUGGUACAUUCUAUUUAUGAAAAAUACUCAAACCUUGGUUUGAUUCAACUUUGGGAGUAUGACGCAAGUAGAGACGAGAAGCCAACUUGUAUUUUGUGUAUAGGACACGAAGGUGACUUUUGUCGUCAGCUUCGCUGGCUUCCUUUUUGUCUGGAUGGCGCGGACUCGGAUCACCAACAUCUACUAGGCAUGUUGUUGGGUUGCUUUGGUGAUGGUACUUUGAAAGUUAUGCGUAUCAAAUACGACCCUCUUUGGAAGCAAAGACAGCCAAAUGAACCUAUUUUUGUUCGAAGCGAUGUGUUGUUCUGUUUUGCAAGCCCUUGUGAUGCCAUUCUCAUUACGACUGAAUGUUCGUCAGACGGUCGUUGGAUUAUUGGAGGUGAUACAAGGGGUACUCUACAUUUGUGGAACAUAAAAGGAAAUUUAAAAGAAGUUUUUAUACGCAACCAGAAGAAUGGCAUUUAUUAUCAAAGUUUCCCCGCUCAUCAGGUACCUAUUAGAAGUUUAGCUUCCCCGAGGAUGCAGCAAGAUACGAUUAAUAUACAAUAUCCUAGUAAGUUGAGUAUGCCAACCAGUGAGUUGAUAGCAAGUGGUUCAAUGGAUGGUUGUAUUCGUAUAUGGAAUCUUCAUUUUCCGUAUCGUCCUUUAUUGGAAUAUCGUCUAGGGCAGAGUUGGAUAUAUCAACUAGAGUGGCGCUCAAGUAAGGAGUUAGUUGCAGCUUUAGAUGAUGGCUCUGUCCGUUUGCUUCCUGUUGAAGAGUCAAACAAGUCAUCAAGAGUAUUAGCUUUGCAUCAAGGAGCUUGUUGGUGUGUCUCGAUAUCCAGUCACGCCGAGAGUCAACGCAACACCAACUUGAGUAUUUCAAGUGGUGGGGAAAAUGGAGAAUGGAUAUAUUGUCAUGACAGUCUUUGGACAUCUCGUAAAAGUAAGAAAAGUUCUUGUCAUCCAUGGAGAUUAGCCAAGGUUGAAAUGUAUUCUUCUCAACCUGAACAGGGAAAAGUCGCCCAACUAUCCAAUGAGGACUCUGUUCGAUACAGCUUGUCUACUUUUAUUCAUUCUUCCAAAAAUAACAUUCCGGACAUUGCGCAAUAUAUUCAACGACCUCUUAGUACGGGUGCUUGUGUCCCUUUUCCUCCAUCCAUGGCAUUUCAUCGAGUAUUUCAUCAUUUUUUGCCAAAUGAUAUGAAAGAUACUCAUCCCUAUUCUAUGAUAUUGGGUGCCGCUUUUGGAGAUGGAUGGUUCUUGUUAGGUGCGAUGUCGUCAUGGUUGGUUCAACAACUUUAGAUAUCCGUAAACAAUUCUUCUCCAACCGCAAACUGACGUCUAUAUGGAUACUUUUUACCGAUGGAUUCCAAAUUGUCGGCAAGUUCAUGUUGACCAUUUUCUUUUAAAGCGAAAACAACUUGUGUCAAUUGUCUCGGAGUACUUUUUGUUUUUUCAGCUGCUUUCAUAAACCAAUGAAGAUGUUC